AUGGAUAAAUUUACAAUGCAAAUAGUUUUUGCUAUUGCAAUGUUCAUAACAACAACAGUUGCUGGACUUGCACCAUUUAAACUCAUAACAAUGAUUGCUUCCGAAGGUGUAAUGAAUCGGAGAGCAUCAGUCAUUAUGUCUAUAAUGUCAUGUUAUGCUGGUGGCAUUUUCUUGGCAACUUGCUUCAUGGAUACAUUACCACAUCUAAAUGAAAAUUUUCGAAAAUUUAAGAAGAUCACAUUAUGGGAUACAUCAUAUCCCGUACCGGAAUUGCUCGUUUGUAUUGGAAUUUUAUCCGUUUAUAUUCUUGAAGAAUUAUUUGCAUGGAUUUUUUCAAGAACGAAGAAAACGCAAAGAAAACCGAAAGAAAUAGAAAUGUUGAAAUUAACGAAAAGUAAUGAAAUGAAAUUGGAACAAAAAAUGGAAUCGUUGGGUGAAUAUCGGGUUGUUGAAACAAAUGAUAUCGAAGUUAACGGUGAAAUUGUUAAUUCUGAUAUAGAAGUUGUUCAUAGAAGGAGUCGAAGUAAUAGCAUUGUAGCAAACGGUAUUAUACAUUCCAUUACAUUUACAAUAGCAAUGUCAUUUCAUUCGAUACUUGAAGGAAUCGCACUUGGCGUACAGGAUGAAAAAUUUGGUAUCAUUACAUUGUUCAUUUCACUUCUGUUACAUAAAGGUAUCGAAGCAUUUAGCGUAGGCUUACAAAUAUCACGAACAAUUGGACAACAAGUUAAACUUGUUAUCACAACAAUAUUAAUAUAUUCGUUAAUGACACCAAUAGGAUCAUUUACCGGUUUAUUCUUACAGACUGUUAAUAUGAAUGAAUCCUGGCGACAAGGUAUUAUCAUCGUUCUCGAAGGACUUGCUAUUGGAACAUUCAUUUUUGUGACAUUUUUAGAGGUUUUAUUUGAACAACGAAAUAAUUCGAAAGCGAUAAGAGAAGAAAUAAUCGCACUAACAUUGGGUGUUUUAACAAUUAGUGGUUUUCAAUAUUUCGAACGAAGUUUUCGUACGCCAGAACAAUAUAUUGCUAAUUCAAAUUCUCUCUGA